GCGUUUUUUAAGCCUACCGAGAACGACCGAGAAAACCUGUAAAAUAAAAUGAAAAAACAUCCACAUCGAUAUAAACAGCCAUUCAGCGAGAAGCAGGUUAACCGAAGCAAAUCUUGUCCUUGCGGGUUUGAUUCCACCAAAGCACCGCGCCAUUUCAAUUAUGACACCGCCAGCGCUGGAACAAGCAGGAGCGACUGCAUCCCAGGUAGACAAAUCGGACAACAGCAUGGCCUAUCUGCUCAUUGACACGGCCCACAUGCUAUCACAUAUGACACGUGAAACUUUGGCCAGCAGUGAAAAUUUCUACCACCGGAACUUAUUGGCAAUUAUCAUCGAUGUUCCGAUAACGGGUCAUUCCAUUGCAUCGAUCACUACCCUGGAGAGCGAGCGAUUGAAUCAGGUUCUUCAGUACCGGCGGUGCACGCGCGGAACGUUGACACGCACAAGGAAAUGCACCGGUGUCCCGAAGAAUCUGGAUUGUUCGAUCAUGCCUGAAAAGCAACAAGUACUGGACAUCCACCGCGGUAAAAACGACAUCGGCGGAAGACAGUCUGGCUCCGGAUCAAGAAGAAGAAAAGCCGUAUGCAUCCACGCCAGUCAAUUAGCCAUUGGCUUCGUAUCUCCUGGUGAUUCCCGCCUGUUUCCAGGGUUAACCAACAGAUUAAACACCGCUACAGAAAACGACGUAUUGCCGAAAAUGUACCAGUUCUAUAUUUUCGUUGGGACUCACGAAGGAACAAAAUUAUGUACUUCUAAAAUUUUCGUCUCCAUUAAUCUACGGCUUAAUCAAUUUAUUAAAUCUUUAGUGGUCAUACAGCAUUUUAAUAAAGUUUAA